AUGGCGGGACUUUUCAGGCGAGUGUACGACUGGCUGUUGCGGACGUUUUGGGCGACUGAGAUGGAUGUAACCAUGAUCGGGUUGCAAAAUGCCGGCAAAACGUCGCUUCUCCGCGUGCUCUCAGGCGGAGAGUUCGCGAUCGACUCGAUUCCCACAGUCGGCUUCAACAUGAAGCGCGUGCAACGGGGGCAUGUGACACUCAAGUGCUGGGAUUUGGGUGGCCAACCCCGCUUCCGACCAAUGUGGGAGAGGUAUUGCCGCAAUGUCAACGCGAUUGUCUUUAUCGUUGAUAUUGCCGACCUGAACCUGCUUCCCGUGGCCCGCGAGGAGUUGCAUUCGCUAAUGCAACAACCAAGCCUCGAGGGCAUUCCGCUGCUCGUACUUGGCAACAAAUCGGACUUGCCCAACAAACUCACGGUGGACGAGCUGAUCGACGCCAUGGACCUGAAGAAUAUUGCGCAUCGCGACGUGUCCUGCUAUGGCAUCUCGGCCAAGGAAGAGACGAACCUCGAGGCUGUCCUCCAAUGGCUGAUGAAGUACGCCAGUAGGUGA